ACAACAACUAUGAAACACAUAUUUUAUGGAAAGCCUCCAAAUGAAGAGCCUACAAAUCUGGAAGAUGCACGCCCGGCAUUCUCAGACAAUAUCAGCCAGCCGACUACUACACCUGCAUCGCAUGGUCCACCUCCUCUUGCAUCAUAUGACAAGAGGCCUCACUCUCAAGGGAAAAACCACCAAACGUCGCCGGAUGAUGCUUCCUACACUUCAAACAGCCAAUCGACAGCCAUCCAGUCCUCGUUGUCUCAGGGACACCAGCGCCCACCCCUUUCAUCUCGCAAGCCUCCCAUGACUUACCAACCUCGCAGGCCUGCAAAUGCAUUUGCAUAUGCAUCUAGUCCCACGCACAUUAUUCAGCAUGGUAUAGCUGAGCAAAUGCCAAGUGCUCGAUAUUCCAGUGUUCCAAAGAUUCCCACGUGGAGAGAGCACCAAGCUGAGGAGGAUUCUGAAUCAUCGGCAGAAUAUACCUCUGAAGAGGAGCUGCUGCGGUCUCAUCCUAAGGGACAAGCUAUCAAGCAUGCACGACCGCCGCUAAGAAAGGCAUUUACACCUACUGCAAUCAAUGAUGCACGCAAUGCGCAGCUCCAUUCUAGCGCCCAACCGAAAUCCGAUCGCCAGAGAGCACGAGAAACACGAGCAACUACCAACACUGCGAUCAGUCAAGUUGCGCAGGAACAGCCAGAGGUUACACCAACAAGAAAAGAAAGUGGGGAUUCUGUCAGAAGCGGAUCCAGUAUAUCUCUAACCAACUACGAUGGGAGCAACGUCUCAGGUCGGGCUGUCUUCACUGGACCAGAUCAAUGGGACGGUCUGAAAGAGCAUAUAGAAACCCUUCAUCGUGACAACACGUUGCCAGUCAAUGCCGAAAACUCCUCGUCCCCAAAAGAGAACAGUCCGCUCGAAAACAGAUUUUCUUCCAUACCGAGAGACACAGAGAACGGGAUUGACGAACUUGGUUAUUCCGCAGCAACAGACGUCUAUGCAGAUGGAAUAGACCAGAAUAUACUCGAUCAAAAAGAGAUCACAGAGCAGAGACUUCCACCCAGGACAUCUUCAUAUACUCAUACUUCUCAAGCUAAGAGUCCCGAUGCUCCCUACCACAUUCCCCCGUCCAGAGCGGAGAUUGUGGUAGGAAAUCCCAAGACGCAACGCCGAUCGUCGUACCAGCAACACUACGAAUCUGGUUCCAGAGGAAUUCAAUCCAAUCCAAUGAUAACUUUCGAUGCCUCCAAUGAUCCAAAGGCUGAGCGUAAAUCACGUUCCAAGACGGUAAAAAUCUACCAUGACGACAAAUAUGAUAGAGAAAUUGAUCGUAGUCUACCUGACCGAAGCUCAAUGACACACCGAGAGGAUCCGCAACUUGAGUUUGAACCAAGACGCCGAAACUGGGAGCCAACGCGAUAUCGCCAAGAACGUCGAAAGAGGCAUCACGAGCAAUACGAUGAAGAGUUUGAGCCCCGUUCGGUCCAGGAAUACUUUGAGAACCACAUUCCUGAUGGCAGGCCAUACAGUAGAACCCCAAUAAUAUAUCAUGGCGACGGACGAAAAAAAGAAUUUGAGUUUCAGGAAUCCACUGGGAGUCAAGAUUUUGAGAACAUGCAAUAUUCGGGUCCAUCAAAGAUAUAUCGCAGUGGCGAUAAAUAUAGAGGUGCCGAGUAUAUGUGCAACUCUUUGGGGUGCAGCCUUCGAACCGUAGUAUGGCCAAACCUAAAUGAUUUCAAGCAUCAUCUCAUCCGGAGGCACAAGAAUGAGGACCAUAGUGAUUAUAUCAGAAGGCUAGUCUAUAGAAAUCAUUGUAGGGUCAGGCGCUAAGUCAUUGC